AAUAAAAGACCUGGAACUCAGCAGUCUCUAGUGGGAAUAUUGGCAGACAGCGUGGCAUGCAUGAUCUAUAAAAACAGUUUAAGCAAAAUUAAAUGUAAAAGGAUAUGACUUUGGACGAGAAGAUGAUCCAGUCAGUGUUGGCACUCCAGUUUUUGGCUGAUUGGCACAUGGACACACACUCCUGACAGCUCAGUUUUUGUAAUGCAAGAAUUUUUGAUUACUACGAUGAGACUCGGUGACUGAGGAGCUUCGGUCAGUUUGCUGAGUGUUAUUUGCAGGUUAUCAGACGGGACAGCCAGUCUGAAACAAUUCAGGUUUCACAGUGGCAUCAUAUCCUGUGAGACAGGAGGAUUGCAGGAGGAGUGUGCAAUCCCAGAGAGUGAGAAAGGGGACCACCUAUCUCACCGACCUCAGUGACAAGAAACUCCCCAAUGAGAGCAGACAACAUCAACCCUAGGACAGGGCUGGUCGUGGCUCUGGUGAGUGUCUUCCUGGUUUUUGGCUUCAUGUUCACAGUGUCCGGAGUGAGAGGCGAGACUCUAGGGGAUAUCCCGCUCAUUGCCAUCGGGCCUGCUAUCUUUCUGCCCGGACUGGCUACCAUCCUGCUGGCCAAGAAGACCGAUGGAUUCUCCAAGUGGCCGGCAGCCCUGUGUGGCGCUCGGAACAGAGGCGAUACCGAAGGCGAACUCCUGGCUACCCCGAGCGUCGAAGGCAGCUGGCAGGACGUAUCCAAGAACUCCACCAGGACCCAGACCCCCGAAGUCGAGGAAGGAGGUUUCUCCGUGGACUCUAGGAGCCUGAUCCGCAAGAGCGACCAAGAGGCGGCCAGGAGGUACCUAGAGACCUACUACCCAUCCGGUGUCUUCAACUACUGCGCCUUCGCACGGCUUUGCUCCAACCGGGACAGCGCCUUCUACACCAGUGUCUACUCUACCCGGGACAGCGUGGUCUACUCUCCCCGGGACAGUGUACCCUACGGGAGAUAUUACUGCUGUUACCCCAGCCCAGGAGAAACCCAACAUGUCAGACUUUGCUGGGACUACGAGACAGUAGUGUGAGGAAAACUUGAAAAUGACGUGUGCGGUCGCUGCAGCCGAAUAGCAAACCCACCCCCCCCCCCCCCCCCCCA